AUGGAUUAUCUCUUCCUCUUUUCUCUCUUCCUCCUCCUAACCCUCUCCGCCGCGCACCGUAAAACCCCGCCUGUCACCGCCGUCAAAUCUGUCACGCCGGAGAUCCAACAAGCCUGCGCCGCCACGCGCUUCCCGCAGCAAUGCGAAACCUCUCUCUCCCAAUACCCCAAACUCCCGCCCAACCCGACCUCUCUCCAGCUAAUCCAGUCCGCCAUCGCCAUCUACUCUGAAAACCUCGCCACCGCUCAGUCCAUGGUGAAUUCCCUCCUCGACGGCGCUUCCGGCAGCCGCAACCUCACCGUGGCCGCCUCCACCUGCGUUGAAGUGUUGGACAACUCGAAGCACCGCACUUCCCUCGCCAGCGACGCGCUGCCACUCGGCAAAACCAAGGACGCGCGCGCGUGGCUGGGCGCGGCGCUCGCUUACCAGUACGACUGCUGGAACAGCCUCAAAUAUGCGAACGUGUCCGCGGCCGUCGGCAAAGCGAUGGCGUUCAUCGACUCCCUCGAAUCUCUCUCCAGCAACGCCCUCAGCAUGGCCUUCUCCCUGGACGCCUUCGGAAACGACGCCGCUUCGUGGAAGCCUCCCGCCACCGAGCGCAACGGCUUCUGGGGCAGCCUCGCCUCCGGCGACUCCGGAACCGUGGGAGGUGUUCCGCCCAAUUUGAAACCCGACGUUACUGUCUGUAAAGACGGAGCUGACGGCUGUUAUAAGACCAUACAAGAGGCCGUUAACGCUGCGCCAGAUAACGGCGACGGGAAGAAGCGGUUUGUCAUACUCAUAAAAGAAGGAGUUUACAAGGAGACCGUUAGGGUUCCGUUGGCGAAGAGGAAUGUGGUGUUCUUGGGUGACGGCAUUGGAAAAACGGUUAUAACCGGUGACGCUAACGUGGGGCAACCAACCAUGACAACUUACAACUCUGCCACCGUCGCGGUUCUUGGGGAUGGAUUCAUGGCAAAGGAUCUGACGAUCGAGAACACAGCUGGUCCUGACGCACACCAGGCAGUGGCAUUCAGAUCAGACAGUGAUCUUUCUGUGAUUGAGAAUUGCGAAUUCUUGGGCAACCAAGACACUCUCUAUGCUCACUCCCUGCGCCAAUUCUACAAAUCAUGCCGCAUUGAGGGCAACGUGGAUUUCAUCUUUGGAAACGCUGCCGCAGUUUUCCAAGACUGUCUCGUCCUGGUUCGUCCCAGGCAAGUGCGUCCAGAGAAGGGCGAGAACAAUGCUCUCACUGCACAUGGCAGAACGGACCCAGCACAACCCACAGGCUUUGUUUUCCAGAACUGUGUCAUCAAUGGCACUGAGGAGUACAUGGCUUUGUAUCACCGCAACCCAAAGGUGCACAAGAACUACUUGGGUAGGCCUUGGAAGGAGUAUUCGAGAACGGUUUUCGUUAAUUCAGAGUUGGAGGUGAUUGUGACACCCCAGGGUUGGAUGCCAUGGACCGGUGACUUUGCCCUCAAGACACUUUACUAUGGGGAGUUCGGGAACAAGGGUCCUGGUUCUGAUUUGUCUCAGAGGGUAUCCUGGAGUAGUAAGAUCCCUGAAGACCACGUCGUGGCCUACUCGGUACAGAACUUCAUUCAAGGAAAUGAUUGGAUUCCAUCAUCAUCCUCGUAGUUAAUGGACAUCACAGCAAAUGCAGGACUUUUGUACAUCACCAAUUAUCAAUCAAUACAAUAUCAAUAAUAGCUUUCCAGUUAGGAAGAAAUUUUAAAUCAAUUUGAGUGGUACUGGAAAACUACAGGUGGCAACAGAUGUAAUCUCACUCUCUUUACUGGGUUCACCCCUAUACGAAUGAUUUAACGUGUUUGGUUAUCAGUUAAAAUCAUGGAAAA